ACAAGUCUGACGUUGUGAACCACUGCGCCUCAGAUGCGGCUACGGGCCUAAUCUGACAAGACAGGUGUUAAAACACGAUGGACUCCCCAAUGCGGAGGAUUAUGCGCCGUUAGCAUUCUUGCGAGGGCUGAACAAGCAAUAUCUGUGACGAUGGUCGGUGUGCCAGGUCGAUCCAAGGGUUGUGUGACGUGUAGGCAGAGGAAGAAGGGCUGUGACCUGAAACGUCCUUCUUGUAGUCAAUGCCUUGAACGCAACAUCAGGUGUGGAGGCUACGACCUGGGCCGAGUCUUUAUCACCAGUAAGUAUGAGUCCACGCCACAGGCCAGUGUGCGGCCCGCCAAAUGUAAAAAUCCCGCGAAAGAUAUGGUGGUCGUCACAGCCUCUACAUACCAUGUGAUGCCUCAGUCUCUCGCACAAACUGCCUUCCGUGCAAAAGGCAUGGAAGCCGCCUUUGAUCUGUUUCCUACACACCAAUGCACACGAGCAGCCCUCCAGUUUGCAGGCCAAUUUUCUACGCUUCUCCCGACUCUGAGUAUGCAAGAUGAGGCGCUUCGUCAGAUGAUUUUCGCCGUUGGCUUAGUGACGCUCGGGAAAGGAUCCAAUGACCAGAUGGUUCUUCGCAAAGGCCGGAUGAUGUAUGGGAAAGCACUCCAGGAGCUGGGAACAUCACUGCAAAAUCCCCAACAACGGGCAAUCGAGGCUUUGCUCGCUACCACCAGCUCGACGCAGGCUCGGAACUGGAUGAGCCAUGCCCAGGGGGAGAUUGCUCUGAUUGUAUCGAGAGGUCCUGAAGCCUUCACCACAGACACUGCGCAUCUCAUGUUUACACUUGCUCGAUACAACUGCGCUAUCACCGGAAUACGGUCUCGUAGACCGGUUGUAUUCAAUGAGAAACGGUGGAAGACAGUUCCUUGGCAAGGAAGAACAAAGUCUGCCAACGAUGGCAUCAUCGACAUCCUCUUGGAUAUCCCUGCUCUCCUUGCAGAUCUCGACUACUUGGAUCACAUGUUACCCGACGACCAGCGCUUUGAAGAACUCAAGAACAAAACUACCACGAACUGUUGGGCAGUUCAUCGCGAACUCCAGGCAUGGGUUGUAGAAAACUCACAUGAAGUCUAUACACCUAACCUAGAGGCACCAGUCCCUAUUGAGUUUCCUAGUCUGGGCGUGGCGACGCUCUCUGUACGCUACUGGGCGACAGCAACUAUUCUCUACCAGUCUCUCGAACGUGCCUUACGCUACUCAGCAGGUCAAACGCUCCCGCCACAUCUUGAACGCCCACGUGGUCGAGUGUACGCCCGCUUCAUCGUGCGUUCUGUAUCCUGGCUCUUCAAGAGGGAUCAUGGGGUGGCUGGUCCCUCGACUGUGUUGUUCCCGCUCGGCAUAGCCUUGAUGUACCUAAGGCAAAGCGAGUUACCGGAUCCAGAAUACAUGGAUCUGGUAUUCGCUAAAUGGGACGACCCUGACUGGCCUCGGUCGGUGAAAGACUUCUUGAGAAGCAUGAGCAGAGCUAUUAAUUUACCAACCCGGACAAUCUCGGAGAACCCAGUCACAUGUUCAACGAGCGAGCUGAGACCAGUGUACGACAUAGAUGGUAAUGCUCUCAGUGGUCCGCGUCUUAAUCCAUCACGAUUCAAGUCAAAACAAGUAGACAUUAUACAUUUGAAUGGGUAUUCCAAGGACUCAACACGAGCAACAAACGCCAACGCUAUGCAACAACACGUAUCACCGGCAGCUACCAGUACGAGAACUAUACCUUAGUCAACCUCGAUUAACCCAGGCCCAAAUAUCGCCGCCUCCGCCAUCUUAUCCGCACCCGCAAAUUCAUCCGCUCCCAUCGUGACCGCCGCAAUAGUCAACCCGUUCAUGAGAAAGUCGUCAUACGGGAAUGGUGCUUCAAAGAACACCUUGUCGCCAUCCAUCUUGACGUUUUCGAACUUCUGCACAAUCGGCUGGUUCUGGCCGUUCAAAUACGUCAGCCGCAUAUCGUUCGUGUCGAACAUCCCGGCAUCUUUCAUGUUGAACGAGAACUUGAUGUUUUGGUUCUCAGCCGGAAUCGUUUUCGUUUCAACAGUCAGCGGCUUGA